GUAAAAUUGACAAGAUCCGCAAAAAUUAGUUUCUGCCCAUUCUGCCUAUUCUCACAAAUAUUUAUUCCCUCCUGCCUUUUGUAGUAUAACACAAACAAUGGUUAGGUGACAAAUGAUGCAAGCAUGGCUGCAAAGAAGUUAUCUGGUGUUUUAAAGAUGUAUAUUGCAGCUGGAAAAGCUGCUCCAUCACCUCCACUUGGUCCAGCUUUAGGACAACGUGGCAUUAAUAUCAUGCAGUUUUGUAAAGACUUUAAUGAAAAAACAAAAGAUUUCAAAUCGGGCAUUCCUGUACCAACGAAAAUAGUUUUCAAGGAUCGUAAUUUCACAUUUUCUAUUAAUCAUCCCCCAGCUUCUUAUUUCUUGAAAGCAGCUGCAGGAAUAGAAAAAGGAUCUGCCAACCCAGGAAGGGAUAUUAUUGGUACCGUCACUUUAAAGCAAAUUUAUGAAAUAGCUUUGAUAAAGAGUGAAGAUCGUGGAUUUAAAAACACUCCGUUAGAAGGUGUAUGUAAGUGCCUCAUUCAUUCAUGUCACAGCAUGGGUAUCAACGUUGUAAACGACAGGAAUAAUCAAGGCGAAGAAAACAGUACACAGUCAGUGGCUGCGUCCCAAUAACUUCGAGUAAAGCAUACCAAUAUUGCGCACACAUUCCCAAGAGGGGUGAAGAAAUAUGCGUAACAGUUUUUCCUAUCUGGUUUAGGGCAAAUUCAUUAACAAAAUUCGAUACUGUGUUUUGUAUUUUUAGUAUUCUGAUACGAAAUAAAUUUUCAAUACAA